AUGAAACUUGACGCAAGAGUGCUGUCUUUGCAACUCUCAAAGCUCCACGGGACCUUGUUCUCUGAGCAUUGGAGGCUGACCUUGAAUGCCCACGACGCCGGGGUUGAUGUGACAAUGACCAUUCGAUUAGUCGAGGCAUACCUGCUGAGGGCCUUCAGCAUGCCUCUUCCUGAGAAAAUUGAUUUCCACUUCUCCUCAGCUAAUGGUGGCGCGAAGGGAUGGGAAUUGGACAUUGGGAAGUUGCUUAGCCUUCUCGAAAAGGCAACCGCUGCUAUUCCCCUAAGCAAAGCCGACGAUAACGCGAUCAGCCAAAGUGGCAUCAAUGAGCUCUUGGACGACGAGGAAACUUGGGAGGAUUUCUCAGACGAUGAACCUCUGGAGGACAUCCUAGACGGUGAACAUGCGGGGGAUCUCUUAAUGAGAUUUGAGGAGAAGCAUACAUUGGAUGAUUCCGUGGUUGAUUCGAGUUCAAGAUGCCUUUCAGCUAUAGACUAAA